UGGAAACGCAAAUCGUAACUGAACCGGAAGUAGAUUGCGUUGACGCUAAGCGCGAUUCCACUACGUCAGGAUAAUAAAUUUAUUAAAAAAUCUGAUGUUUUUGAAUCGUUAGACAUCCACUAUUCAAGAUGUCUACCGGAAAGAGCUCCAAGAUGUUGCAGCACAUCAAUUACAGAAUGCGCUGCCAACUGCAAGAUGGGCGUAUAUUUAUUGGUACAUUCAAAGCAUUUGACAAGCAUAUGAACCUUAUAUUGGGUGACUGUGAUGAAUUUAGAAAGAUAAAGCCCAAGAAUGUGAAAUCAAAUGAACGUGAAGAAAAGAGAGUACUGGGUUUGGUUCUUUUACGUGGAGAACACUUAGUAUCAAUGACAGUAGAGGGACCCCCUGCUGCUGAGGAAGGUGUAGCUAGGGUACCUUUAGCUGGUGCAAGUACUGGACCAGGUGUUGGGAGAGCUGCUGGGCGUGGCAUGGGUGGAGCGGGUGGAAUAAGUGGAGCACCAGGACUUCAGGGCCCUGCUCGAGGUGUUGGUGGUCCUUCCCCACAAAUGAUGACACCCCAACCACGAAUGGGUGGCCCUCCACCAAUGGGUGCUCGUCCUCCUAUGAUGAUGGGUGCUCAAGGAAAUAUGAGACCACAAGCUAUGCCUAGAGCCCCAGGACCAGUGCCUGUCAUGAGAGGUGGAAUGCCUGGCCAGCCACCAAGGAUGGGUGGACCUCCAAUGUAAAAUACAAGUUCUCAUCAGUUCUCAUCAUCAUUCAUUCUUCAUCUGUACAUGGAAAUCAUGUCAUCAUCUAUUCAUAUUUUUAUUAUUGCUACAUUUUAUGUUGUCAGUUAUUUGUGUGAGGCAAGUUUACUGUAAGUUUGCUGACUUUUAUUGUGCUAAGUAUCAAAUGUUUUAAGAUCUGUCAGGCUGAAUCCUUUGUGGCAAAGAAUGUUAUCUUUGACAGGCACACAUGUUCAGUAGGUGGAGAGAAACUUUGAGAUGUUACUACAUUAGGCAGCCUAUGAGUUGUUUUUGUUGGUGUAUUCAUUUUUAAAACAAAUGAGAAUGUCAUGCCAGGUUGGGUUUGUGUUGAAUGCAAGAGUUGCUAUGAGGAAGUUGAAAUUUCUGUUCUAUUAAAUUUUUUAAAAUACCAUGUUUUAAAAUCAA